AUGUUGAUGAUAUCAACACCCCAUCCGCCACCAUCUGGGCUAUUUUUGUUUGGUUUAGCAGAGGCCUUUCUGAUAGCCUUUUCAAUUGCUAAUCUAUCAGGGCCGCUGUUUGGGCUAACCACUCUGCAGAUGUAUAACACUGCUUUAAGGCUGACCCUUAGGACCUGCAGAGGACCGGGUAUCGGCAAGACACUCACUGCAGAAAGUGUUGCCGAAGUUGCAAGAAAGCCAUUAUACAGAGUCACAUGUGGUGAUAUUGGCACCAAGGCAGAAGACGUCGAACAGUACCUCAAUGUUGUCUUACACCUUGGCAAAACUUGGGGCUGCGGUAUACUAUUGCGGUUCUCUAUUCUUGAUUUCAUUCUAACUUUGCUAGUUGUUCUUCUUGACGAGGCAGAUGUUUUCUUGGAGCAGCGAUCAUUGGUUAACCUUGAGCGAAAUGCUCUUGUGUCGGUAUUUUUACGUGUUUUGGAAUACUACGAUGGUAUCCUUAUCCUCACAAGUAAUCGCGUCGGAAUCUUUGACGAAGCCUUCAAAUCUCGCAUUCAGUUAAAUCUCCGCUACAAAAACCUCGACCGAGGUCAACGACUACAGAUCUGGAAGAACUUCUUCACCCGUCUUAGAAGACUAGAAGAAGAAGCUUCUGCAAAUCAAAGCGGUCUGUCCUACGGAGCAAAGGUGGAUGAGAUGCUAGACAAGCUUGAUGAGCUAGCCGAUGCUAAUCUCAAUGGCCGACAGAUUCGAAACGCAGUGUCUACGGCAAGACAACUGGCUAGAUAUCAGAAAGAGCCACUGUCGUAUAAGCAUCUAACGGUUGUGAUUAACGAAGCGAAGAAGUUUGAUGAGUAUUUGCUGGAGUUGAAUAGGACUUACACGGCGGAUGAGAUUCAGAGGGGCAAGGGAGAACGUUAA